CCUAUUGAAACAUCAAAGUUUUGAGAUUUUGCCAUAGAAGAAAAAUGGACAGAAGUUAUGCUAAUGCUGCUGUGCUUGUAUUUGUCAUUGUCAAUUUGAGUUUCAUUGUGAGGGCCGAUGACGACGAUGAUCUCAAGAAUGGGGCUUCGUACAUUUUUGGCGAUUCUUUAGUUGAUGCAGGAAAUAAUAACUAUCUGCAGACAUUGUCCAAGGCGGAUAUCAAACCAAAUGGAAUUGACUUCAAGGCUUCAAAUGGAAAUCCUACAGGCCGCUACACCAAUGGCAGGACCAUAGGCGACAUUGUAGGGGAGGAACUAGGACAACCACACUACGCAGUGCCAUUUCUGGCCCCAAAUACUACUGGGAGGACUAUACUGCAUGGAGUUAAUUAUGCAUCAGGAGGUGGUGGGAUUAUGAAUGCCACUGGACGAAUCUUUGUUAACAGGCUUUCUAUGGAUAUACAGAUUGAUUACUUCAACAUUACCCGAAAGCAGAUUGAUAAAUUGUUGGGUGCAUCAAAGGCCAGAGAUUUUAUCAUGAAAAAAUCUAUUUUCUCAAUCACCGUCGGAUCAAAUGAUUUUCUCAACAAUUAUCUACUUCCAGUCCUCUCCAUCGGAGCCAGAGUCUCAGAAACCCCUGAUGCCUUCAUCGACGAUCUUCUGAAUCAACUCAAGGGCCAACUCACAAGACUUUACAAGUUGGAUGCCAGAAAAUUCAUUCUUGGGAAUGUCGGACCACUGGGUUGCAUUCCUUAUCAGAAAACAAUCAAUCAGCUAAGUGAGAACCAGUGCGUGGAAUUACCAAAUAAGCUGGCACUUCAAUACAAUGCUAAAUUAAAAGACCUCGUCGCUCAAUUAAACGACAACCUCCCAGGAGCCACAUUUGUCCAUGCAAAUGUUUAUGAUCUGGUCAUGGAAGUCAUAACAAACUACGCAAAAUAUGGAUUCACGACAGCAAGUAGAGCUUGCUGUGGAAAUGGAGGCCAAUUCGCAGGUAUCAUACCAUGCGGACCAACAUCUAGUAUGUGCACGGAUCGUGACAAGCAUGUUUUCUGGGAUCCUUAUCAUCCUAGCGAAGCUGCGAAUAUUAUUAUUGCCAAACAAUUGCUUGAUGGAGAUGCUAAAUACAUCUCUCCCAUGAAUCUCAGGCAACUCAGAGAUCUCUAAAUUUUUAUCUCCUAAUUUGGUGGCAGUUUGUAACUGGUUUUCUUGUAUACCUUUUUAUUCUGAAUGGAUUUUAAUUUGUUAAUUGUUGGAUAUAGAUAUAUACUUCCGUUUGUUCCAGAA